GAGCACACAACACGCGCCACCAUCACAAGGGCAGAUAUAGUGUUUUCAUGACGACAGUAUCUUUCCGCUUGUGGAAACAACAACACGCAUUUAUUUGGUAGAAAAUCCAAUCCAGGAUCAUUUUAUUCAAAUAAUUAGGUUUCGAAGUAUUGAAACGGUCUAAAUAAUUGUCUACAAAAUGGGUUUCUAGCAGUGAUGCGGUGGCAAUGACACUGACGAUGAAUGAAAAACAGCUUUCGAUGAUAACGAUGAUGGUAGUGUUUUUACCGAGGACGGCAAUAUUGUUUUUGUCGGCUGCAGCAGUAUCCACAGUGGCUUUUAAAUAGUUCAUUGCACGACACGUAUCCAAAUGUUACACAUGGCUCGAUAUUUACGUACGCGUUUGGUUUCGCAGUGCCAUUAGAGACAUCGUCUUAAGUGUUUGGAACGACUUCAUGACAGCUGACAAUGAUGGCGAAUCAUUGGUGUCAUCGUCUAGUGGUAACGUCGAUUAUAAUCCAGUGAUGCCCAGAAAACAAAGCAUAGCAAAAGGUAUAUUAGUGCACAACACUCGGAAAAGUUCGGCGGGUAAUCGUGUGAGUUUCGCUAGUUCACAUCCAUCAUCAAGGUCUUCUUCGAUUUCAUCUAGCAGAAGUGAUAGAUCAAAAAUAGAUCAUCAACAAAUUAUAAAUGAGAGCUACGUUCAGCCUAGUAACAAAUCAAGUUGUUUUGGAAUCAAAAGCCAUCUACAUGAAUUUUAUGAUACUCCUGACUACUCAUCACGGGAAGACAAUUUCCGUUAUUUAAUAGAACCAAAAUCGCGUUUCGCUCAACAUUGCUGUAAUGCGUGGGCAUUUUUUGGAUUGACAGUUAUAUCAAUAGGUGCUUUAACGUUAGCGGCAGGACAUCUCAUUCCGGCAAAGGAUCCCAUCGUUGAUCGUACUGCAAAUAUGGAAGUGGUGGACCGUUAUGCCAUAAAUUACAAUCAAAACCUUGUUACAUGUCGUUAUGUUGGUGCUAUAGUAUUUAGUAUUGGUGUGGUGUUCAGCGUCAUUAGAUUGUGGGUGUCUUUGAUACGCAACAUUAGCGAAGACGAUAGAUUUGAAGAAGAAAAAAUGGGCAAAGAUGAACUGGGUAAACAGUUUAAGAGUCGUCCUCAGACUAGCCGUAUACCAAUAAGUGGGUCAGUAGAGUGUGUCCAACCUAAUGUAAAUUCAAUUGGUUAAAUAAGUUAAGUUUUAUUAAUAACAUGUGGUCAGAUUAGAUUGGUAAUAUUGCGUUAUAUUUUUUGAUUGAUAUAAUACAAAAACGAUUAUAACCGUCCAGUAAAAAUUUACUUGAAACCUCGUAAGCAAACUAAAAAAAACCUAAACAUAUUUAAGCAUAC